AUGAUUAAUGAUCUCCAAAUAAUAGCAGAUACUUAAAAUUUAUAUGAUUUAUAUCCAACAAAUAACUCCUGCCCUAUAGGGGAACUUAUAGAGGAAUAUUCUUAAAACAAAAGACACUAUGUAAGUUCAUUAUGUUUCUAAUUAAAAAAAAAAAUCAAACGACCACAGAAUCGGCCAAGUGUAUUGAAGAUAGAAGAUAGUGGAAGAAAUGUUAAAAUAUAUUAGAAUACUCCAAGCUAAAAUAAUUUAGAGAGAAUGGAAAAUGAAACACAAUGA